GACUGAAGUCUUGACAAGGAAUCAAAUGUUCCGUCGUUGGCGGCGCUGCAACCCUUCCUUGGCUCUGGAAAAUAGCGACAAAACUUUUUCUGACCUUCGAACCCUUGUUGGAGACAUGCACACUCCUGGGGCCAUCUCCGAUGCAAACUUUGACGUCGUGGAGUCUCGUGACGCGGAUCGCGCAUUCGAAAUUGAUUGUGAUGAGUUCAAAUGGCGGUGGGAUGCGUAUUUAUUGGGUCCGAAAACGUCUGCAGACGUCAUCUCAAAGCACUUGAUCCUUCCGCUCAUCAGCCUUGCUCAUGUAUCGUUUUACUCGGCUGACCCUGUCAGUGAGCUGGAGGAUCACGACCUUGAGAAGACCGUGGACAGGAUAGGACGGGCUGCUCGCCGGAGCGUUGAUGUACACGUGAAGCAUACGCUAGCGCGUCCCAAGAUAGCGACAACUUUACAACGAAUCUCAUCGUUAUUUGGUCUCGCAGAUGACCUGCCACACAUCAUAUCCGAGGAACAGUCUCCUGAUUUGAAAGGGCCGCUUGCAUCCCUUCUUACUCGCUCGGACAGGUCGGACGAAACGUCUCCAGCGCCCGUGGCCACCAACAAAGAAUCCAAUACAGACGUAAUCACAGUGACCAACCUCCAUGAUUCUGACCCACCUGAAGCAACAUUGGAAGCAGAGAACAUUCAACAACCUGCUAACGCAGCGUCGGAGACGGAGAGCGAUGGGGAUGACAACCAGAGAUCUGUAGCACCCAAUCCAGACGAGCCUGUGGCCCGCGGACCUUCCCCCCAGAAAAACAUCAGUCCUCCUCAGAAACCGGAUUCCGAGGACCACCCUUCUUGUCCAACGUCUUACGCUCGCGAAUCGGACUCGGACUCGCCCCGACCGAUGAAGAAGCUUAGAAGAAAAGCACAUCUCAGCGAAUCAAAUUCUGACUCGGAAUCGGGUAGGAAAAUUCGGUCACCGAGCGUGCAGAACUCUUCCACAACAGCACAAGUUGCAGGACGCGGAGUCAGACAACCGAUAAAACGAGGGGGAAGAAGGUUCUAACGUCGGUUCAUCUGUUGUCUUUGAAUAAGACGAGAAGCGUGGAGGAGCUUCGUAUGAUUGUCCAAACUGUACUGCAAUUAUGUAAGUUGAUGUAUUAUGAACUUCC